AUGCCGUUUCCGUGGAAAAAGAAGAAGAGUCCGGUUACCCGAAUUUCUCGAAUCGUCGCCGAUUUUCACUCGCCAAAACGCGGCUCCUCCCUUGUCGUUCAGACCGGUUUCCCUACCUCCCUCAUCGAUCUCUUCGUCAAGAACCGGAGCCGCUUCGCCCGAACCAAGAAACGGGCUCCACCCGAACAAAUCUCCGAUCCACGGCCGCCACCUCCCUCUCCGGCCGUCACACCUCCGCCUUCGCCACCUAUCCUCCCCCCACAAGCGGAGUCCCCGCGGCCAGACGCCGCAAUCCAAGAAGAAAUCAAGGCGGCGGCGGACGGUGGUACUGGAGCGGGUGAGGUAAUAGAAUUCGGGUCGGGGAAUAGAGUUGCGGCGGGUGUUGCGGUGAGGUGGUCACUCGUGGUGGUUGUGGUUCUGAUUGCGUGCGUUGAGAGAUUAACGGUUGGGAUUACAGUUUCUUCUUUGGCGCUUCUAUUUCUGGAGUACGCGGCGAAACGCACCGUUUCGUGUGCUUGGUUCCAAAAAAAGAAUAAGAAAGAAGAGGAAGUAGUGUGUGAGGUGGCAAAUUUUAAGCGGGAGUUCUCCGAAUUGAGGUCCGGUUGUGAUGAAAUUGAAUCUGUGGAGACAUUUGGGCCUGAUUUGGGCCUUGUCGGUAAAGGUGGGAGGAAGGGUAGAACUGGUAAUUUGAAGAUGAAGUCGAUGAUGGUGAAGAAGCUAAUGCUGGAGAAGUUCCGUAGGUCUAAGAAAGAGAAGAAGAUUGAGUCAGCGAGUGCGGUGGUGGAAGAAGAGAAGUUGGUGAUGAGUUUUGAUAUUGAAGAGGAAGAAGAUGAUUGUGGUGGAAACACUGGUAAAGAAUCAUCGUCAAUGGUAAUUGAGGUGAAGGAAAUUGGGGGUAGAAUUGGGAAUUCAUCAGGUUACAGGAUUCUAAUAGUGAUUGUACUUGUUGGGCUUCUUGUUGGUCGAUUCGAGGCACUGAUACUCAUAAUGUUAUGGUGUUUGGUGGUGGCGAUAGUUAAAAGUCUUUGGAAAUCGAAGUCACAGAAUAUGAAUGUGCCAUGGCUAUGA